AUGGCUUGUACAGACGCAGAAGAGCCGGAGGUGGCAUGGGGGUUGUUUGAGGAAGGGGCAACCCUGGUUGUUAUGAGCGUUCUUGAGGGCACAGAGCUUGGUAUCAACUACAAGAGCUGGCAGGUCGGGUCUCGCUUCCAGGGGGUGAAGAUGAUCCCACCAGGCCUCCACUUCCUCCACUACUGUUCCUCCAACGCACCAGACCAUGGGGGUGAAACAGGCCCUAAAAAAGGCCUCUGAAAGAGCAAGAUCUGUCUGGCCAACUGGGACCCCAAAGAGGAGGAUCUGGACAUCUCUGCCUCCCAGAAUGAAGAAGAGGUGGGCUGGGUCUGGGUGGGCCUACAAGACCUGGACCCUUUCCUGGGCCCCUACCAGUACGAGCUGAUGUACAAAUGUGUCUCCCUAACUGCCUGGGUGAACCAGGAGCUAGCCACAAGGUUGCAGCUUCUCCUGGGUUGUAUGUGUGCCGUCAACAACCUAAUCCCAUAACUUUAGCUCAAACACAAGACCCGUGAGGAACAGAACCUGCCUAGGAAUGAAAAGUGUCAGACCAUGAAGGAGGAGCUGGACAGGCUGCACAGGAUGAAGCCGAGAGAUGGGACUGAGUUGAGGUUCUCCCCCAUCCCCAGGCAGACCUACCCUCCUGGAGCCACCCCAGCCCAGAUCACUCAGUAUAGCCCAGACCUGAGUUAUGCCCUGGACAUUCUGUUGGAGAAACACCACCAGCAGCAACCACUCAAUGAGCUAGGUGAGCUGCAUUUUGAAUUUGUGUAUUUUCUCAUUGGGACCGUGUACUACGAGGGCUUUGAGCACGGGAAGCAUCUGCUGGCCCUGCUGUGUCGUAGUGAGAGCCCGGAUCUAUACCUGGGCCUCAUCGCUGUGCUCUACCAGCAGCUGGGAGAGAUACCUACAGACUUCUCUGUGGAUAUUGUGUCUCAGGACAACUACCUCACCUCCACGUUACAGGACUUCUUCCAGUUUGCCAGUGGGCCUGGGGUGGACAGCACCCUGCAGAAAAGGGCAGAGAAGUUCAAGGCCCACCUGACCACUGAGGUAGAUCCUGACGAUUGUGACCCUUUUGUAGUGUUACUGCCUGAGAGGAUCACACUGGACUGAGCAUGCUGUGAAGAACAUCCAGGGUCACAGGUACGUGGGGGUCAGGAAAUAGGACUGCAACCUUGUCUAAAAGAAGAGACUUAUAUUUUUUAUUUAUUUUUACAUUUGUAUUAUUUGUAUUUUUAUUUAUUAUACUUUUAGCACUUUUUCACCCCAAUUGGUAGUUACAGUCUUGUCCCAUCCCUGCAACUCGCAUACGGACUCGGGAGAGGCGAAGGCCAAGAGCCAUGCAUCCUCCGAAACUCAACCCUGCCAAGCCGCACUGCUUCUUGACACACUGCUCGCUUAAGCCAAAAGCCAGCCACACCAAUGUAUGGGAAGAAACACCAUACCACUGGCGACCGAGGUCAGCUUGCAGGCGCCCGGCCCGCCACAAGGAGUCGCUAGAGCGCGAUGGGACAACGACAUCCCGGCCGACCAAACCCUCCCAUAAUCCGGAUGUCGCUGGGCAAAUUGUGCGUCAUCUCCCGGUCACGGCCAGCUGUGACACAGCGUGGGAUCGAACCCAGGUCUGUAGUGAAGCCUCUGUUUUCUUUGUUUCUUAUUCCCUUCAAAUGUGUUGCCUUGAGCUUGACCAUUCUUAGGAAAAACAACUGACCUCCAAGGCUCUUGAUGCUGGGGUGUCAUUCUAGUUCUGGCCAUGCUGCCCCCUCCCUGGCUCUCUGUCUUUAACUUCUCUGCCAGUCUACUCAUAAACAAGCACAUGUCCAUCUAAAAUGAAUGGUCCAAUUGGAAUCAGGAAUGGGGUCAAUAUGGCACUUUCUACAUGGAUCGUUCUAUGGUUCUAGAGGAGAAUGGGGAAAUGUGGAAAACUUCACUGAUAGCCUCUAGUGGUCCUUCUGUGUUAGCACCUAUCAUCAAUAAUGAGUUAUUUUUUGGGAUUGCCUAUCUUAGAUUUUAUUGAGGGUGUAGAGAAAUGCUUGUGCUCCUAGCUCCAACACUGCAGUAGUAUCUAACAAUACACAAGAAUCUAAAAGUAAAAGAAUGGAAUUCAAAAUUAUAGAUGUGUUUUUGUGUGAUGAGACGUAUAUGUGGAUGUAUAUGUAUGUAUGUAUUAUGGACAGUAUGUGGAUUGAAUAUGGAGUAUAUCUGAAUACGUAGGAUAGAAUAGUGUAUGUACAGCAAUAGUUGAAUAGGUUGGCCUAGUCUAGAAUACAGAAUACACAGUUGAAGUCGGAAGUUUACAUACACUUAAGAUGGAGUCAUUAAAACUCGUUUUUCAACCACUGCACAAAAUUCUUGUUAACAAACUAUAGUUUUGGCAAGUCGGUUAGGGAAUCUACUUUGUGCAUAACACAAGUUAUUUUCCUAGCAAUUGUUUACUGACAGAUUAUUUCACUGUAUCACAAUUCCAGUGGGUCAGAAGGUUUACAUGCACUAAGUUGACUGUGCCUUUAAACAGCUUGGGGAAUUCCAGAAAAUGA